AGCUCCGCCGAGCAACAGAGGGGGGCAGGGCUAGCCUUUAAAGGAGCCGCGACCCGUUAGCAGACCGGAGGGUGACCCGGAUGAUGGCGGCCAGCGCGGCCCUAGCCUGGGCACUGUGGCUACUACUGCCGUCAGUGGGGGUGGGAGGGGCAGGACCCCCACCGAUCCAGGACGGCGAGUUCACGUUCCUGCUGCCUGCCGGGAGGAAGCAGUGUUUCUACCAGUCCGCGCCGGCCAACGCAAGCCUCGAGACCGAGUACCAGGUGAUUGGAGGUGCUGGGCUGGAUGUAGAUUUCACUCUGGAGAGCCCUCAGGGCGUGCUGCUGGUCAGUGAGUCUCGCAAGGCAGACGGGGUGCACACGGUGGAGCCCACGGAGGCUGGGGACUACAAGCUGUGCUUUGACAACUCCUUCAGCACGAUUUCUGAGAAGCUGGUGUUCUUCGAACUCAUCUUUGACAGCCUGCAGGAUGAUGAGGAGGUUGAAGGCUGGGCAGAGGCCGUGGAGCCUGAGGAGAUGCUGGAUGUCAAGAUGGAGGACAUCAAGGAGUCUAUUGAGACCAUGAGGAUCCGGCUGGAGCGCAGCAUCCAGACGCUGACACUGCUGCGAGCAUUUGAGGCACGUGACCGCAACCUGCAGGAGGGAAACCUGGAGCGGGUCAAUUUCUGGUCAGCUGUGAACGUGGCUGUGCUGCUGCUGGUGGCUGUGCUACAGGUCUGCACACUUAAGCGCUUCUUCCAGGACAAGCGCCCCGUGCCUACGUAGCCCUUGCCUGACAGAAGAACAGGGAAAAGGAGUGGCAGCAGGGCGCAUGCAUGUGAGACUUGGGGGUCCCUUCCCCAAAUUAGUUUCCUGCAGGAGGGGAGGUUGUGCAGUCUGGGCCUGAGGUAUGGCCCUUAUACGUGUCUGCUCUUCCAGGCUGGGAACACUGGCUGGCUUGCAGGUCUGGGCCAUCCAGAAGGGGUGGCUCAGUGGUUGUACCUACUUUCCUGGAAAUUAUGCAUGGGGAGCACUGCAGCAUUUGAAUGCAACCCUGGGGUUUUCUGGCCCCGCCUCUGUCCCCUACUAUAAAUGUGCCUUAGCCUGAGCCUUUCAGCUGCACCAGCACUGCCUGGUGUGGGAUGGGGCCCAGGAAGCAAACUUCCCCUCUCCUUCUCUACUGGCCCAGAAGCCAGGUCGUGGUGGGAGGGGCUUGCUCCUUAGGAGACCCUACGCCUGCCUUCCUCUCUUUGCUCCACCUGAGGCCUGUUGUUGCUGCUGGGGGCAGCCUGCUCAUGCCAGGGGCUGGGAAUGAGACGAGGCUGCAGUGUUCUUUCUAGGAGAGUCACUUUAUUGACAGGAAAGGGCCUGGUUCCUCAGCCCAGCAGGGUCUGAGUGUGAGGUCUGGUAACAGAAUUUCAGGAGAGGGGCCUGUAAGACCACCCGCCCUUCCCGAUCUCUCUGCAGGGGCCCCAGACAGGGCUGCGGGGUGGCCCAGCCAAAGCCUGCACAGGAGCUUCACAGAACAAAGGGCAACCGGUCUGCCUGGGGACUGGAGCCAAUAAAUUAUGGUCAGAAAAUCA